AGAAAAGAGUAAAUCGGCAAGCAACAAGAAGGAUACACUAAGAUUUGGAAGAGAAGCAUUAGAAACACUUAUAUUGUCAAGAACUACUCACUAAAAUUCCCCAAUCAUGGCUGCCAUACUUCCCCCAAAACAACAAGGAACAUACACAUUCGCUAGUCAACCGAGAGCAGUAAGACAGAGAAAGAAAUAUAGGGAUGGAGAAGAAGAUCCCAACAGCAGCCAGUAUGGAAACAUCAUGUACGACAGAAGAAUUGUGCGUGGAAACACAUAUGCCCAACACACGCUACCAGCUACAGCCCAGCCAGAUCCUAUUGAACUUCAACGUCAACAAGAACUGAGGCGUCGUGCAAUGGCUAGGAAACGUGCAAAGGAACAACUUAGACCAAGAUCCCCUGAAGCAGUCGAAGGACGAAAACACAUAGAUGUCCAAACAGAACUGUACCUAGAAGAAUUAAGUGAUCGUGUUGAGGAAGCUGAUGUUGAUACUCAGACAGAUGCAUUCCUGGACAGGCCCCCAUCUCCCAUGUUCAUUCCAGCAAAGACUGGUGUUGAUAUUGAAACCCAGAUCUUAGAGGGAGAACUUUUUGAUUUUGACAUUGAGGUUAAGCCUAUUCUUGAAGUCCUAGUAGGUAAAACUAUAGAACAAUCUCUUCUUGAAGUAAUGGAAGAAGAGGAAUUAGCUAACCUUAGAGCACAACAGAGAGCCUUUGAGGAGCUGAGAAAUGCUGAACUUGUUGAACAACAGAGACUUGAAGAACAAGAGAGACGUCAUCGGGAAGAGAAGGAGAGAAGAAUGAAGCAACAAAGAGAAAUUCUCAGGAAAGAAAAAGAAACUGCAGACAAAAUCUCAGCUCGUGCAUUUUCUCAAAGCUACCUUGCAGAUCUCGUACCCUCUGUAUUUGGAACACUAUCAGAUAAUGGUUACUUCUAUGAUCCUGUAGAAAGAGAUUGUGAACAAGGUUUUAUGCCAUGGCUGAUGGAUCGUGUUGAAGAACAACUGGAGAAGAAUGUGAAUGGACGUACAGUACUCGAUGGAAUUCUCCGAGCAGUUGUCCAGUCUCGUCAUGAGGCAUUUAAAAAAUUAGAAGAUGCAAUAAGGCAGCAACAGUUAGCUGAGUUAGCAGCACAACAAAUAGCAGAGGAGAAAAAUCGACCUGUUAGUGUAGAAGGUAGCAAGGCUGCUACAGAAUCUGGAGAAACUGAAAAACCAGAGAGUGAAAAACCUGCAGAAGAUGAGACAGCAGCUGUAACAGAGCCAGAUACAGAAGUAGAACAAGAGCCGGAGGGAGGAGUAGGGGAGGAGGAACAGCAGGAGGAAUAGCCACUGUCCUACCUCCCACUUGAAUAAAAAAAAUUGUAAAAAGACAUUGUAAAUAGUCAUAAUGUUAUUUCAAAGUCCACUAGUUUAGGACAAUUAUUUUCUAAAAAUAUUCUAUGUUCAUAUAUUCCUUACUGACAAUCAAAAUGUUAAAUGUAUAAAACUGUUGAAUGUUCAGAUUGGCCUAUAACUUACAGGCCCUGACACCUAAUACAUCUAUGCUGAUGUCAGUGAAAAUAAAUAUCUAUUAAAAACAAA